AUGAAACUGGUUAUUCAGAGAGUGAAGUCUGCCUCCGUCACCGUUGACUCUGAGCUCAUCUCAUCCAUUGGCAAGGGACUACUGGUCUUUGCGGGGGUGGGCAAAGAUGACACUGAGAAAGAGGCCGAGAAUCUUGUGAACAAAGUUUUGAAAGCCAAAUUCUGGCCUGAUGAAGAUGGAAAACAGUGGAAGAAGAAUGUCCAGGAAAUUGAGGGAGAAGUUCUCUGUGUAUCCCAAUUCACUCUUUUUGGCAAGAUUAAGAAGGGUAACAAGCCGGAUUUCCACGAUGCGGCGGAUGCGACCACAGCACGGCGACUCUAUGACCAUUUCUAUAACAAGAUGAGAGAGAGCUAUGUCCCAGACCGAGUGAAAAAUGGCGUCUUUCAAGCCAUGAUGGAUGUCGAAUUGAAGAACGACGGGCCGGUGGGUGUCGACUACCGCAGUGAAGAUGCGGCGGUGACCAUUGAGAUUGAUACUAAUCUCCCCAAAAAGGAGCCUCAAGCGCCGAAAAACGACGGCAGCGCCAAGGGGAAAGAUGCAAAGGACGACGACAAGACGGGGAGUACUUUCGAGUUUCAAAUCCCACCCGAAUUACUGGCAUAA